CACCAGUUACACCACGAAGGAAAAACCCAGAAGGAUAACUGAUAAGUGAUAAGCCAAGCCAUGUAGAAGCUUCUAGGCUCUCAGUCCAAACUGAUCCUCGAUAACUCUGAAAACCAAAUAUAAAGCAGCAACCUUUCUUGAAUCAUCCCUCGAUCAGCUAUUCAGCUGAGUGUUCGUUCAUCGUUCCCCCAAAGCUUCCGCUUCAACAUGGCAGAUACUCUGUUCGGAGACCCCUUCAGGCGCUUCUUCUGGAGCACACCCAUCCUCCGAGCGUAUCCCGGAACGACGGCCCUGAUGGACUGGCUCGAGACCCCAACUUCCCACAUCUACAAGAUCAACGUCCCAGGGUACGGGAAGGAGGACGUAAAGGUUACGAUUGAAGAAGGGAACGUUUUGCAGGUGAAAGGAGAGGCUAGGAAGGAAGAAUCACCAGGAAAGGAUGUGAUUUGGCAUGUAGCUGAAAGAGGAACCACACGGGGAGAAUUUUAUCGGGAAAUUGCGCUGCCUGAGGAUGUGAAGAUUGAGCAGAUAAAGGCCCAGGUCGACAAUGGUGUUCUGACGAUCAUUGUCCCCAAGGAUGCCAGCCCCAAGUCCUCCAAAGUCAGGAACAUCAGCAUUUCCAGCAAGCUCUGACUCUGAUGCAGAAAUCUUCGUCGUUAUUAGUGAGUGAAAAAUAAGAGAAUAAGAGUAUGAAGAGGAAGUCUUCUUUGUUCUGAGUGAGUGCUGAAAUAGAAAAUAAAACUAAAUUAAAACUAUGUAAUUUUGUUGAAAUAUAGAACGAAUUCUUGACUUAUUUAUCUGUA